AUGGACCCUGUAGUCAUCGAGAAAGGUACUGUUUUAAGGCUACUUCAGCAUCUCAAACCUGAUAAAUCCAGUGGUCCUGAUGAUAUUCAUCUUAGGAUUAUGAAAGCCUUAUCAGAUGUAAUUGCUGAACCAUUAACGAAUCUGUUUGACAUGUCUCUAGGGCAGUCCAGACUGCCCAGAAACUGGAAAGACGCUAUAAUAGGUUUGGUGUAUAAGGCUGGGAGUAGGGGUUUGGUUAGCAACUAUAGACCCGUUAGCUUAACCAGUGCAGUCGUAAAACCGAUGGAAAAAAUCAUUCGGAUAUCUGUUAUAAACUAUGUUGAAGGGCAUAAUCUUUUCUCCAGGGAACAACAUGGUUUUCGGAGAGGCCUAUCAUGCUUGACAAAUCUCAUUACAAGAGAAGAUCGGGCUGCUGAAAAAGAUAAAAAUAUUCCUGUGGAUGUGAUGUUCAUAGAUCUAAGUAAUGCCUUCGAUAAAGUCUCCCAUUCUGGUCUUAAAUCCAAACUGGAACGUUUUGGAAUCCAUUAUACAGUCGUAGGUUGGAUAAGUAACUUUCUCCAUGACAGGAGACAAAGGGUAAGGGUAAAUGGACCCACUCCUCGAGGGUACCUAAAUCAUAUGGAAAUCGCUAGAUCAAUUUCAUCAAUUAUAAAAAGGACUGUUGAUCCAAAUAUGUUGUUUGAUAAAGGUGAGUAUAUGGAUGAAGUACUAUGGCAGCUUCUUUGUACUGUUUAUGAUAUACCAUCGUCAAACUUCACGAAAGUUUACUUUUUGAAAUUAUUCAUGAUGACCGCCACUAACCUGGGAUAUGCUGGAAAUUUCACUUUGAGUAACUUUUCCCGAGAUAAAAGAGACCGGCGAAAAUGGAUACAUUUUCUUUCAUGCUUAGUCUCUUGGUUUGAAUGUGCUGACACUGAGAUUCUAGAGAUGGUUGACGAAGCAAGAGAAAGGAAAAGCAACUAUGCAAAGCUCUUAAGUCUGGUGGAAUCCCGGGAACAUGAAUUACACACACUUCGAGAUGCUGAAUCCAAACGCCGUAACAUUGUUAAAGACCUUGAAAAGGAAGUGUACGACAUUAAGCAUCGUUUCAAUGAGAAGAAUAAGAAAAUGCCAUCUGCAGAAAAUUUAUUAUUGUCCCUAGUUUCUUCAACUGAACAGAAGAAAGAACAGAUAGAGUCUUCUCGCGAACGACUUCAAACUUUACUCGAAGAAUAUGAAAAUACUAGAUCCCAUCAACUUGAAAAUUGUGAAAUGUUACCUGAAUCAAUUUCAAGAGUAAAGUGUCAACUUGAUUCAAUCGAAUCAGAUAUGCAUAGAUUAUUUGAAGCCUUUAAUCACAUUGUGGAUCGUAAUAUAACAUUUCAAAGCUAUGAGUGUUUACUGGAGUCAGAAUUGAAACCAGCAAUGGAUCAGGGCUAUGUGGUGAUGGAUAAACUAGAAUCAUGUGAAAAACAAGAGAAGAGUACUCAAGGUAAAAUUGAUGUUCUAACUACAGAUUUGAAAAAUAUGGAUAUUUCGUUAAAUGAAGCUAAACAACACUUGGUGGAAUAUCGAUCACAACUAGUACGAAAAAAAGUAUUGUUGAAUACUAAGAAAAAGACACGUGAAGCUGAUAUCGCCAACAAGACAAAGGAGAACGAUUCAUUUAUAUCCGAACGACAACAUUUGAGAACCCGAUUAUCCGAAAUUGCCCAAGAAAAUUCCUCUAUUGUUGAACAAAUCAAUUUAGAAGAACAAAGGCUUCAGACGAUCUCGAAAAAUCAUGUCCACGUUGAAGAGCUUAACAAAGCGCUACUGGAAAUAAGCCAAAUGGUUACUAAGACACCCUUUCCUACAUGAAAACUUAUUUCUGAUACAAGUUACGUACUUGGUUUAAGUACAUUUUAACAUUGAAAACUAAGUCAUCAAAACUUAAAGCACAUGUAUAUCUAUAUAUCCGUUUAUUAAUUUCUUAUAUUUUCACUUACAAUUUUCAAAAUAUACAAGAUAAUAUUCUCAGUGACUUAUUAUAUACCUAAUACCUCUCUCAUUCUCAGAUAAAAUCUCAUUUAAAUGUGACGAAACAACUGAUAAUGAAAAUUUACUGUACUAUCUCCUCAACACUUAUACUGAUAAGUUUCAUUUACACUCAUGUCUCUAGUCAUAUUGUAUUUCUCACUACAAAAUGAAUUAAUAGAUCUUUGAGUAAUUCUUCCUUGUUUAAUAAAUAAGAGUAAAAAGCCUCACAUGAGUUCUUAACAAAAUUAUUGAAUGCUAUCACUGAGUAUAACAUCGGCUUUCUUUUCCGCAACACUUAAUUUCUUAAAGGAACCCGGUAAUGUAGCCAUAUUUAGUGUGAGAUUGAUAGGUUUCUGCACCAUUUGUCAUGGGCUGGAUAUCUGUACGUUUGUAGAAUGAAUCACACUAACCAAAAGAUGUGUGACCAAAAUAGCAUACAUAAACGGCCCAGGAUAUCUGGAUUUCCGUUAUAGA